AUGGGAUUAUGUAAGUGUCCCAAAAGAAGAGUUACAAACCUGUUUUGUUUUGAACAUCGUGUCAAUGUUUGUGAACAUUGUAUGGUUACAAAUCAUCAAAAGUGUAUUGUUCAGUCGUAUAUUUUGUGGCUUCAUGAUCAUGACUAUAAUCCAAUUUGUGCAUUAUGCUCAGUAAAUUUAAAAGAAGGAGAUUGUGUUCGACUAACAUGUUAUCACAUGUUUCAUUGGGCAUGUUUGGAUAAAUAUGCCAGAGAAUUACCACCAUCCACAGCACCAGCAGGAUAUAUAUGCCCAACUUGUAAGGAAUGCAUAUUUCCCAAAUCAAAGUUGGUAUCCCCAGUAGCAGAUGUAUUGAGAGAAGUAUUAGCAGGUGUAAAUUGGGCACGAGCUGGUUUAGGUCUACCUUUGCUCAGCAAAGAUAGAGAACAAAAACCAAAACAAGAGCAACCUUCGUUGAAAAUUGAAACAUAUCAAAACCAUACAUUAACAUCUUCACCGCCAUCAACAGCUACAUCACGUUCUGUUAGCAAUGUUAAUUCAGUUCAUACUAAUAUAAAUAAUGUGCAUUUAAAUAAUCAAAAGGUUGGACCACCCUAUUCAAUUGUAAAUAUGGAUUCACCUAUGGGAUUAUCGCAGCCAACUUCAAGGAAAGUCUGUGAAGCUUAUGAUGAUCCGAAGGAAAUGUCAUUUGAUCACGAUGAGAAUAAAUAUAGGAGAAAAUCUGCCAUUGAAUGGUUCCUAAGGUGGUGGAAGCUAAUAGCUAGUCCUCCAACACGACGUAGAAAUGCACCUGGUCCGCUGUAUAAGAGAUACGCAGUAUUGGGUAUCAUGGGAAUAUUAACUUUCAUUGGAAUGUUAAUUCUGUUUUCAUGGCUUGGAAGAAUGGCUACAGAUGGUGAUCCAAGUUACGAUAUUGGUGCGAAUCCUAAUGUUUUAGUCGGUGAUAAGUUUACUGGUAUUUAA